AUGUCCUGCCAGAGUUGUUUAAAAGGUUAUGAAGAAGGUCAGGGUGGGCUGACGGCUGGGCUGAGGCGGGGUCAGGGCAAGGUCAGGCAGGGCCAGGCUGGGGUCAGGCGGGAGUCAGCAACCCUGGCAAUGGGCACGGAGGCGUGGAUCGCCCAAGGCCGAGGCCAGCCUGUGGCCCUUCUCUGGCUGCUGCUGCUGCUGCCCGUGGCCACCCGGGAGCUGCGAGGGUCCCCGGCCACGGCCACGGCCACGGCCGCCCCCGGCUGGGCUCCAGGCGCGGGCGGAGCGGUGGAGGGCAGCGCUCCGACUCCGGAAGCGCAGCGGUUGGCCCCGGGAGCCACAGGUGGCAGGGGAGUCUGCACAGUGUGCGGGAAGCCCAAGGUGAUGGGGAAGAUCUACGGUGGCCAGGACGUGGCGGCUGGCCAGUGGCCAUGGCAGGCCAGCUUGCAGUACCAGGGCUCGCACGUCUGUGGAGCUGUCCUCAUUAACUCUCACUGGGUCGUUUCCACUGCCCACUGCUUUCUGAAAAAAUCUCACGCCCCGGAGAACUACCGGGUUCUGUUAGGAAGCACCCAGCUGCACCAGCACACCCAGCACACCCGAGAGAUGUCACUGAGCCGGAUUAUCAUGCACCCAGACUUUGAGAAGUUACAUCCCUUCGGGAGUGACAUAGCCAUGUUGCAGCUGCUCUUUCCUGUGAAUUUCACCUCCUACAUCAUCCCCGCCUGCCUCCCAGUCCCUGGCAUGCAGCUACCCAGUAACUCAUCCUGCUGGAUAACUGGCUGGGGGAUGCUCAACGAAGAAACGCCUCUGCUCGAACCCUUCCAUCUCCAGGAGGGUAAGGUGGGCUUCAUUGAGAACAAGUUUUGUAAUAUAUUUUACGGACUUAGAAAAGGCAAGAACUUCUCCGUGCAUGAGGACAUGCUGUGUGCUGGGGCCUUCUCGACAGGAAAGGCCAUCUGCCAAGCUGAGGACACCAUUGAGCUGGACACCCAGGAGCCCCAGCACAUGGCCCCUCCUGCCCCCCUUAGCCUUUCAGUCACCACAGCCUGUCUGAGAGGUUCCAUCUAG